AGUUCCCUACCACCUCAAAGUUUCCCUCUUUCUCUCUCUAUAUCUAUCCACCUAUCUAUAUAUACAUACAAACACGUUAUAUAUAUAUAUUUAGAUUGGGAAUUGAGAGUGAUUGGGGUUUGUUUAUCAGGAUCAUCAGUUGUGGCUACUACAAGGAGGCUGCCCUCGGACUCCGGCGCUUUCGCAGACUGGGUGGCAUCGUCCUCCUCAGCCGCCGCCGCCGCCGCAGCCGCAGCAGCAGCAGCAGCAGGUCGAGGAGCCUCGGUCCCCGACGAGCUCUCCCUUGGCUUCAAUGCUGGGCCUACGGGAGGAGGCGGAGGGCCCGCCUCAUCCUCCUCCUCCGCCUUGUGGGCCGGCUCUUCCCGGCCCAUCAACUACGGCCUCCCUCCCGAGAUGGGCAUGGUGGGCCUCCGCGACGUCUUCGUCGUCGCCCCGGCCUCCUCCUUUCACCACCCAAACCACCACCACCACCACCACCACCACGCCGACCCCUACCUCAUCGCCGACCACCACUCCCUCAACGGCUCCAACCCCGCCACCGCGCUUGGAGUCGGCGUCGGCGUCGGCGUAAUUCCCCUACUGACCGCCACUCCUUGCCUCGGCCCCGUCGACGACGAUUCCGCCAAUGCGCUUGGCGGCUCCACCGCUUCUCGAGGCCGAAGCGGGGGAGGAGGAGGAAGUGGUGUAGCUGGUGGAGUAGGAGGAGGUAUUCAAUUGUGGCAGAAUCAGCAGAAUCAGCAACAUUUCUUCAAGAAGCCCGGGAUUAACAUUCUCGAUCAGGGAAUAAACCCCAAUUUGGUUCAAAGCGGUGGCGGCGGAGGUGUUAUCGGUUCAGGUUCGAGCUCCACAGCAACUUGCCAGGACUGCGGGAACCAGGCGAAGAAGGAUUGUACCCAUAGGCGGUGCAGGACUUGUUGCAAGAGCCGGGGUUUCGAGUGUGCAACCCACGUGAAGAGCACGUGGGUCCCAGCAGCUCGCCGCCGUGAACGCCAGCUCAUGAAUGUGGCUGGUGCAGCCGUUGGGCCCGGGUCGUCCGGAUCGACCUCCGGCGCAAAGAAACCUAGACUCUUCGCUUCUCAAACGACAACAACUUCUCACACCUCAACUUCAAAUACCACUCCUCCUAGAAGCUUCGACACCAGCUCUAGUCACCAAGAUGUGGGGUACAAGGACUCGUUGCCGGGGCAAGUACGUGCACCGGCGGUGUUCAAGUGCGUGCGGGUGACAGCGGUGGAGGACGGGGAGGACGAGUACGCUUACCAGGCGGUGGUGAAGAUCGGAGGGCAUGUUUUCAAAGGUUUUCUAUAUGAUCAAGGAGUUGAACCUAAAGAAGGGUUUCCAAAUAUUUCGGAAUUGCAUUUAGGCGGUGGUGGCGGGGGAAGAAAUGGGGCGUCCUCGUCGUCGCCGUUACUCGAUCCCUCCGAUGUCUAUGCCGCCUCCACUGGCGGAGGCUUACUCGGAGGCUCAGGUUAUGGUAAUCAAAUAAAUUGAUGAUGGAGACUAUAUAUUUUUAAUAUAUGUGUUCUUCCAAAGGGUAUAUCAACAUGGAAGGAUCACUGUUUGGGGAAUUAAGGAAGAAAUAACAUUGUAGUGUAAUCCUUUUUCUUUCUUUUUUUCAUCUUUUGCCUACUUACUAAUGAUUUUUAUGUUGAUCA